AUAGUGAACUGUCAAAAAAUUUGGUUAGUUCUUGUAGAAGGUGUGGAUAUAUUUUUCUCGAACAAUCCCAUAUAAAAUAUAUCAAUGGCUGCUAUAAGUUUGUUAAAUCCUAAAGCCGAGGUUGCGAGAGCAGCUCAAGCUCUCUCAGUAAACAUUUCUGCUGCCAAAGGUAUCCAGGAUGUGAUGAAGACCAACUUGGGACCACGCGGUACCAUGAAAAUGUUGGUUUCUGGCGCUGGUGAUAUCAAAAUAACCAAAGACGGCAAUGUAUUGUUACAUGAAAUGCAAAUCCAACACCCAACUGCAUCGCUUAUUGCUCGCGCCUCAACUGCACAAGACGAUAUGACCGGUGAUGGUACGACCUCAACUGUGUUGGUGAUUGGUGAACUUCUGAAGCAAGCCGAUUCCUACAUCGCCGACGGUCUCCAUCCCCGUUUGAUUACCGAGGGUUUCGAUAAAGCCCGUGCCAAGACCCUUGAAGUUUUGGAGAGCAUCAAAAUUCCAAUUGAAAUCAACAAAGAAGGUCUGUUGGACGUCGCUACCACGAGCUUGAGGACGAAGGUGCAUCACAACUUGGCCGAUGUUUUGGCUGACGUUUGCGUCGAAGCCAUCCUGGCUAUUCGUCGUGAUGAUAAACCCGUCGAUUUGCAUAUGGUCGAAUUGAUGGAGAUGCAACAUAAAACUGCCACUGACACUCAGUUGGUGAAAGGUUUGGUAAUGGAUCAUGGUGCUAGACAUCCUGAUAUGCCCAAACGUUUGGAGAACGCCUACAUUCUGACCUGCAAUGUAAGCAUGGAGUAUGAGAAGAGUGAAGUAAACUCUGGAUUCUUUUACAAAACCGCUGAAGAGAGGGAGAAACUCGUUGCAGCUGAAAGGGAAUUCAUUGAGCAGAGGGUAAAGAAAGUUAUCGAAUUGAAGAAGAAGCUGUGCACCGGUAACGGUAAAAACUUCGUAGUUAUUAACCAGAAGGGUAUUGACCCAAUGAGCUUGGACAUGCUCGCCAAAGAAGGUAUUAUGGCUUUGAGACGCGCGAAGAGGAGGAACAUGGAGAGGUUGGCAUUGGCUUGCGGUGGUAUCGCUCUGAACCAUUUUGAUGAUAUCCAAGAAUCUCAGUUAGGUUUCGCUGGUUUGGUCUAUGAGCACGUUCUCGGCGAAAACAAGUACACUUUCGUCGAAGAAUGCAAGAACCCGCAAUCCGUGACUAUCCUCAUGAAGGGUCCCAACAAGCAUACUUUGACUCAAAUCAAGGAUGCUGUGAGGGAUGGUUUGAGGGCUUGCAACAACGCCAUCGAAGACAAAGCUCUUAUCCCUGGCGCUGGAGCUUUCGAAAUUACCGCUUACAAAGCACUCACUGCCUUCAAGGACACCGUUAAGGGCAAGUCUCGUUUGGGAGUUGCCGCAUACGCUGAAGCUCUCCUCGUUAUUCCCAAAGUUCUGGCUACCAAUUCUGGCUUCGAUGCACAGGACACUAUUGUUAAGUUGCAAGAAGAGUCUCGUUUAAGCGACGUCCCCGUCGGUCUUGAUCUGGCUUCCGGAGAACCAAUUAUCCCCAAAGACAAUGGCAUUUUCGAUAAUUACAUUGUCAAGAAGCAGAUCAUCAACUCGUGCUCCGUCAUCGCCUCCAACUUGUUGUUAGUUGAUGAAAUAAUGAGAGCUGGAAUGAGCAGUCUGAAGGGUUAAAAGAUUCGUUCGAUCGUUCUACCUCAUAAUUCAUUCACAUUAUUAAUCAUACUUUUGCGUUUGCUUCUCACAUUUUAAUAAACGAAACUAAUGAACAA